AUGGAGCAAGUCCCUACCACUCCUCCCGAUGCUGUACCUUUGUCGAAACAACCUCCCCCCGAAACACCCGAAGCUGUGAGCCUGCGAACAAAGAUUGUACUCUCCUUCUGGGUGGUGAUUGUACUGCUGGGGCUCCCAGUAUGGUGGCAAACCACCUCGAUCUAUCGGGCAAGCCUGCCACUGCAGGACAUGCUGGACUGGGCAGAGGGACUUAGUACACCCACAACCAUUCCUCUACAUAUCUGGCUCUCUGCCUCCGAUCUACCUUGCUCCGACGCCCAGAAACUCGUACAGGACACCCAGCAAGCCCUGGAUGAUCUCGACGAGUACCCGACAUUCCACCAAAGACUUCACCUGGUCAAUUUGGGACGGGAUGGCCAGGCCGCUGGUGGAAAGAAAGAGAAAAUGGGCGGGAAGUGCGGUGAUGAUCCUGCAUCCCUACACCAUGGAACGCCCGCAUUGAAGAUUCUCCUUGAACCCACCGAGGGUAACUUUGCAUUCACUCUCGACAGCGUCACGGCGACUGCACGUGCCAGUAUACCGGCUGGUCUUGGGGGAAUCACUGCCAAAACUCUUGCCGAAAGCCUCUAUGCUCUGUUCAGAGAGGAACAAAUCGCUGCUGCGCUUCAGACUGUCUCUCUAUCCAGUCACGCUCACAACGCACAGGCAUUUCUGAGAUCUCAACCGUACGAUGUCGUUGUCAAAGUCGAAAAGCAGCUCAAUCGAGCAUACAAACCGUCUCCCGAAUUCCAUCUCACCUUUUCUCUGCUUACGGCCAGCGGUGCUCCUGCAGGGUGGGACAUUGACGAAGCACUUCGAGACCACAUUGGCCCUCUUGUACAAGCACUCUCGUCCAUUGCCGAUUUCGAGAUCCAGACCCAGGUGCAGCUGUAUUCCACUCUCCCUCCCACCAUCCAACCUACUCGCCGAGAAGGACAAAACGGCACUUUCCUCCAGCAGAACGAGCUCACAGCGUUUGUGAAUUCUGCAGAGUGGCCUCUAGCGCCUUCCAUUGGAGAUGGACCUACGCUCAACUUCAUCCUCUAUGUCCCAGCCAGGGAUCAGAUACCUCUGCGCGUCGAUGGGGUUGACGAAAAUUCGUGGCUGAUCCCUCAAUGGGGUGGAAUACAAAUUCUCAAUCCACCUCUGUUCCUGCACGCUGUCCACGGCAACAUGGUACCUGCUUAUCUUGAUCUAGAGCUCUUGCACCUGCCCUUUGAGACAUUUGCCUUGCAAUUACUGUCCUUGCUGGGGGUCUCGCAUCCUGGUGAUUCUGCCCCGCCACGGCCGCUUCAGCUACGACUCGAUGCCUACAAACGCCUGUCAGCUCUUUCCCUUUCCCUACAUGCCGCGUCUAGUCUGGGAUCACUUGCUCGACUGGCUCAACGACUCAGCAACAUUCCAAUCCCGAGACACGUCGCUCAGCUAGUCGACGACUCCAUUGCCAACCUCAAAGCGUGUUGCAAAUUCUUGCUCGAAGGUAGAUUCGAUCUCACUCUCGAACAUGCGAAAACUGCCUUCAAAGACAGCGAAAAGGCUUUUUUCGACAAAUCCAUGGUCGGCCAGGUCUACUUUCCCGACGAGCACAAAAUCGCCGUGCUCCUUCCACUCUUGGGCCCUGUCGGAGUUCCGCUGAUUGUUGGCCUCCUGAGGGAAGUCAAAAGGGUCCUCUCGUCGCGGCGAGCAGCCAAAGUAGGCGCACACUAG